GUGUUAUGUAUGAUUUUGCUGCUGAGCCUGGAAACAACGAGCUGACUGUCAGUGAAGGAGAGAUCAUCAUAAUUACCAACCCGGAUGUCGGUGGAGGCUGGUUAGAAGGAAAAAACAGCCAAGGUGAGAGGGGACUUGUUCCAACAGAUUAUGUUGAGAUAAUAACUGAAGGUGCAAAAGAUGGAAUUAGCUGCCAUAACUCGUUAGCUGACCAAGCCUUUUUUGAUUCCCUUUCUGCAAACACAGCUCAGACGAACUCUCCCCCAAAAAGCAAUAAUCAGGCAAGCAACGCCAAUGAUCCUUGGUCCAGCUGGAACGCUGGGAAGUCUGGGAACUGGGAUGAUGGAAAUGCCAUUGACAGUUGGGCGACGAAACCUGAAAGUGCAGCUGGCCAGAGAAACAGUGCUUCAAAUAACUGGGAGGCAGCAGCAGCAUUUGGUCAUCCACAGGCAUAUCAAGGACCAGCAGCUGCUGAUGACGAUGAUUGGGAUGAUGACUGGGAUGACCCAAAAUCAACUUCACCACCUUACCUUGGUUACAAGGAGUCUGAGGCAUCAGAGGCUGGUGGGGUCCAGCGUGGAAAUAGUCGUGCAGCUAUGAAGUUACCACUUAACAAAUUUCCUGGAUUUGCAAAACCUGGGAUGGAACAGUAUCUGUUGGCAAAGCAGCUAGCAAAACCCAAAGAGAAAAUUCCCAUAAUUAUUGGUGAUUAUGGCCCAAUGUGGGUGUAUCCUACCUCUACAUUUGACUGUGUGGUGGCAGAUCCCAAAAAAGGUUCUAAAAUGUAUGGUCUCAAGAGCUACAUUGAAUAUCAGCUGACCUGCACUAACACUAAUCGGUCUGUCAACCACAGAUAUAAGCACUUUGACUGGUUGUAUGAGCGGCUCCUGGUUAAAUUUGGAUUAGCCAUUCCAAUCCCUUCUCUUCCAGACAAGCAAGUAACAGGGCGCUUUGAAGAAGAAUUUAUCAAAAUGCGCAUGGAGAGGCUGCAAGCUUGGAUGACAAGAAUGUGUCGCCAUCCUGUUGUCUCAGAAAGUGAAGUUUUCCAGCAAUUUCUCAAUUUCCGAGAUGAGAAGGAGUGGAAAACUGGAAAGCGGAAGGCAGAAAAAGAUGAAACUGUAGGAGUCCUGAUCUUUUCUGCGAUGGAACCAGAAGCUCCUGACUUGGACAUGGUAGAAAUAGAACAGAAAUGUGAUGCAGUGGGUAGGUUCACCAAAGCAAUGGAUGAUGGAGUGAAAGAGCUGCUGACAGUGGGACAAGAGCACUGGAAGAGGUGUACAGGGCCACUACCCAAGGAAUACCAGAAGAUAGGAAAAGCGUUGCAGAGCUUGGCGCUGGUCUUCAGCACUAGUGGAUACCAAGGAGAAUCUGAUCUCAAUGGAGCAAUAACAGAAGCAGGGAAAACCUAUGAAGAAAUUGCCAGUCUUGUAGCAGAUCAGCCAAAGAAAGAUCUUCACUUUUUGAUGGAAACAAAUCAUGAAUAUAAGGGAUUUCUUGGUUGCUUCCCUGACAUCAUAGCAGCUCAUAAGGGAGCAAUAGAAAGAGUGAAGGAAAGUGAUAAACUAGUUGCAACCAGCAAAAUAACGCCGCAAGACAAACAGAACAUGGUGAAACGUGUGAGCACCAUGGCUUAUACACUACAAGCUGAGAUGAAUCACUUCCACAGUAACAGGAUUUAUGACUACAACAGUGUCAUUCGUCUCUACCUGGAGCAGCAGGCACAGUUCUAUGAAACGAUUGCACAGAAGCUGAGGCAGGCACUCAGCCGCUUUCCUGUGAUGUAGAGUAUAA